CUAUGUCUGACACAAUAACUAGCAGAUCCCAAACACUGGGUUUUUAGACUGCCUGUACCUCUAUUACACUAAAGAGUGGGCGUUUGCGAACGGAUUAACACGGUGCGGAAUUUUAUAGGUCUUUGUUUAAUGGUCGUGCCGGCAUUACAGCAAAGACACAGCCAUAUGCCGCCUCUGAUGUAGCGUACUGUAAGGUCUAGCAGCGUGGUUUGCGAUCAGGCGCACCGUGCGAGCGCUGUAAGCCGGAAAGCACUUUGGGGCCUGGCGAUCUCAUUCUGCGAAGGCUUCUGAAGAUGGCGGACGUGUUGAGUGUUCUUCGUCAGUACAACAUCCAGAAAAAAGAAAUCGUCGCCAAGGGAGACGAAGUUAUCUUCGGAGAGUUCUCCUGGCCGAAAAAUGUCAAAACAAACUAUGUCAUUUGGGGAACUGGCAAAGAGGGUCAACCCAAGGAAUAUUACACUUUGGAUUCUAUCCUCUUCCUGCUCAACAAUGUCCACCUUCCUCACCCGUCGUAUGUGCGAAGAGCUGCAACAGAGAACAUUCCGGUAGUGAGAAGACCUGACCGAAAGGACUUGCUCUCAUAUCUCAAUGGAGAAAGUUCUACAUCAGCAAGUAUUGACAGAAGUGCUCCUAUAGAGAUAGGAUUACAAAGGCCAACACAAGUCAAGAGGGCAGCGGAUGAAGUCUCAUCAGAAGCCAAAAAGCCAAGAGUAGAGGAUGAAGAGAGGGUACGACUGGACAAGGAGCGUCUGGCCGCUCGCCUGGAGGGGCACAAGGAGGGCAUCGUGCAAACUGAUCAGAUCAGGUCCCUGUCUGAGGCCAUGUCUGUCGAGAAGAUCGCCGCCAUCAAAGCCAAGAUCAUGGCUAAGAAGCGGUCAACGAUUAAAACAGACCUGGACGAUGACAUCACCCUGAAGCAGAGGAGCUUUGUCGAUGCCGAGGUGGACGUCACCAGGGACAUUGUGAGCCGGGAGCGAGUGUGGCGAACGAGGACCACCAUUCUACAAAGCAGUGGAAAGAACUUCUCCAAGAACAUCUUUGCCAUCCUGCAGUCGGUGAAGGCAAGGGAGGAGGGCAGAGCACCAGAGCAGAGGCCAGCACAGAACACAGCUCAGGUGGACCCAUCCAUAAGGAAUAAACAGCCCGUGCCAGCUGCAUACAACAGAUAUGAUCAGGAGAGGUUCAAAGGGAAAGAGGAAACUGAGGGGUUCAAGAUUGACACCAUGGGAACUUACCACGGCAUGACCCUGAAGUCUGUGACGGAAGGAGCAUCUGCCAGAAAAGCACAGACGCCAGCCAUGCAACCCGUGCCGAGACCAGUCUCUCAAGCCAGACCACCUCCAAACCAGAAGAAGGGAUCCCGAACCCCUAUUGUCAUCAUUCCCGCCGCCACAACUUCAUUAAUCACCAUGCUAAAUGCAAAAGAUCUGUUGCAAGACUUGAAGUUUGUGACAUCAGAGGAGAAGAAGAAACAGGGGAUCCAGAGGGACAAUGAGGUCCUGCUCCAGAGGCGGAAGGACCAGAUCCAGCCAGGCGGGACAACGCUGAGUGUGACGGUGCCUUACAGAGUCAUUGACCAGCCCCUCAAGCUGGCCCCACAGGAUUGGGAUCGCGUAGUGGCGGUGUUCGUGCAGGGUCCUGCCUGGCAGUUCAAGGGCUGGCCGUGGUUAUUGCCUGAUGGAUCACCUGUGGACAUUUUUGCAAAAAUCCGAGCCUUCCACCUGAAGUAUGACGAGGCCAAGACAGACCCCAAUGUGCAGAAGUGGGACGUCACUGUGCUGGAGCUGAGCCACCACAAGCGUCACCUGGACCGGCCCGUCUUCCUGCGCUUCUGGGAGACGCUGGACAGGUACAUGGUGAAACACAAAUCCCACCUGAGGUUCUGAGCCUGGACUCACCACUUUGGCUUCUCCAAGGUUGGAUCAAGAAACAUGAGAGAACUUCCUUGGGGGGGGGGGGUAGCUCGUGUUUCCUGUCUGUCAGAGCCCAACCCAACCCCUCUAUCCCACCCCACUUCCCCACUCCUCCCAUCACUCACCAUGGCCCUUCCAGAGCUGCAUCAGCCAGGAGCAGCUUCCCUACACUCUGUUGGGUCCUUUGGGAAAAUUCUCCAGUUUGGAAUAGCAAUCAUAAGCCUUAGCUAGGGGUCCGGUAGUUUAAGCGAGCGAGAAUGUGGCAAGGACAUCUAUGGAGUGUUCCAUGCUUUUUUCCACGUUAUGUAGUAAACAUACCAAAACUAUAUUUUUCAAUAGUAUAGUAUCUUUAUGUUGAAAUGUUUAAAAAAAAAAAAAAAAAAAAAAACUUUUUAAAUAAAACACAUUUUAUUUCCAUUCCUAGAUGGAGUUUUCGCUAUUGUACAUGGAAAAUGGGUGGAAUAAAAUAAAAAAAAAAAAAAACCCGACACACAAAAGAUCAAGAAUGAUAUUAAAGAGGCAAAUAAAAUAACUGCUGACUGUAUUUUAUUUCCUUGAUCUUAUUUGUUUUGUUUUUUUUCCUUUUCUUUCAUUAUAAAUGUAUGAUGGUAGCUUGCGAUAUUAUAGCCAUAAAAAUCUCAGACCUGAGUUUAACCGUAGCUGUAGUGGGAGUAGUGACUCACAGUGAGGAAUUGUGAUUGGAAACCAAACUUGAUCAAGGUCUUGCAGAGGACCGUAAAGGUUUAAAGAUGUGCGGAUAUGUUUCUUGUUGAACAUAUCUAUGGAAAAAAAAACUCACCCUCAGAGAGCUGUUUUCAAAUUCAGGAGAGAGAUUAAACACGGUUGUAUCUUUUGUAUUAUUUUCAAUGAUGAAAGAAUAUGUGCCCUUUUGUAUAAAUAAUUCAUUUCUCAUUGUAUACUCAACUUAUUCCAAGUAAUUAGUUUAUGGCCACACACUGUUACAAUGAUGAACCCUUCUACUUUUUUUUUUUUAAAGAGUGAACUUGUUCAGCAGUAUCAUCUGUAAGUGUCUGUUUUGAAUGGGGAUAACCAUGGAAAUGUAUAUGAGUGUAGAAUCCAGAGAUGGGAGGAUCCAUUCUCAGACCUUUGGUUUUAGAGCACCAAUGUUUAUUCUUCUUGCUCACCAGGGGCACGCUGGACCUCUGGGAAAAUGGAUUGUUAAGGUGUUUGAGCUUGCAGCCUUUGGGAAUUAGGAGUUACUGUCCGUUUCUUCAAAACAAACAUGCUUACUGACUGCCAUCACUGCUGUAAAGCCACAUGUGGCAAGAUGUCACAGCUUUGCUUGUAUGGAGGCAGUGAACAUUACUUUUUAAGUACGAAUAAAGCUUUGGGUUUUCGUUUGGUUUAUUUUUUACAGGACAUAUGAACUCGUGAGUGGCUGGAUGUCUGCUUGAACAAAACUUACUGAGCGAAUUGCUGUUCAUGGCUCCCUGCAGUGGACAGCUGUGUACCACUCCGCAUGCUCCUUUUUUGGUCACUGUUCAUGUUGUAUUGACUCUCCCCAAAAACCUCUGAAUGUUAUUAAAA